AUGGCAUUUGGUGAGAACUCGGCCUUCAAUCUUGGCUUGGCAGCUGAUGGACCAGUUCACGAGGCAAGAAAAGUUCCGGUUGAAGGGGUCAAGAAGGUAUCGAUGUCUGCAGCUCAUACUUUGUUUCUGACUCACAAAGGAGAGGUCUACGCGUGUGGAGCAGCGACAAACUUUGACGCAAACGAAAAGAGCGGCAAAUUAGUUGUCAGUCCAAUCAAAGUAACGUUUCCUGGUGAGACACUGCCAAUUGUUGAUAUUGCUGCUGGUCCACAUCACUCGGUUUUCAUCACUCCAAAAACGGUUUACGUCUGCGGUACAAACAACAAUUUUUGUCUUGGACUGGCGAAAGAUAAUGGACAAUAUUCCAUGAAAUCUAUGAAACUUCCAAUGCCGGAAGGUGUCAAGAAACUGCAGCUAGAAAAG